CUUUUUCCUUGUGUGGUCAUUUUUAUCUGUGCAAUAUGUACAAAAGGAACGUAGUGGGUGUGUGACACGGCCUUAAGAUGCUGCUCCAAAGUUCAGCCUCUGUGUUGCGUAAGUCUCCCUCACUCGUGCCGUCAUGAACACAACUCCUGCUUUCUUUCAGCAGGGAGCUCCACACUCCUUGCUCGGUUCCAGUCUCACCUUCACGGCAUCAUGGAGGAAGAAGAGGCCUCUGCCAACGGUGAAAGGGAGAACUUUGCAUCAGAUCACUAUGCCGCCGAAGCCCUGGCUGGAGACAUGGAUCCCUGGAUUAUUUUUGACUGCAGAAAAACUCCCAAAUCGGAGUUUGAUGCCUGGCUGGAGAGUAACCGGCCCUCCCAAGUGCGCAGGUUUGGUGACGAGGAGAGUGGCGUCGGCCCCGUGGGGUGGAUCUCUGUGAGGGGCCCUAGUGACCAGUCCAGUGACAAGGACCUUGAAGGUCUCUGGGAGAGCUGGGAGAAACUCCUGGCCAGUGGCAGACCUGUCACCUUCCAGACCGUGAAGGAGCUGGCCCUCAACCACAGAGUGCUCAGUGGGAAGUGGCUGAUGCACCUGGACUCUGGCUUUAAACUGGACCACGCGUGGGAGUGUGUGGCCAGAGCAAUCGUAGAGGGCAAGAUCUGGUGCGCCAAAGUCAGCCCCUUGGACCCGACAGGAGACAGUCGCCACGUCAUAUGUGUCUAUAACAGAAACUUCACAGACGAGGAGGACGUCAUGAGGCUGGACUCCGUCAUUCGCUCCACGGGGAUCAAGUGCCCGCUGUUCUACAAACCCGACGUUUACACCUACCUGGGAAUCUACCGAAGGAACCGCUGGGAACUUAGCCCCACCAUUUAUGAGAGCAGGUUUGACCUGGAGUGCGUCCCCCGGCGUUCCCACAUCUUCAACAAAGUCACCAACCUGGAACUGACAUAGUCCAGUCCGGACGGGCAGCGCGUUUGGUGGGACUGACGCCUAAGAGUUCUGCUCCUGUUUACCGGGCCACGGAGCGGCAUUUGCAGAUGUUUUGAUCUUCCUUUAUUUUGCUUUUUUGGAAAGAAACCAAUCUGUAAUUCCAGCAGUAUUUGAUUUGCACUCAUUUCUUGUGGUUGGAACAACCUACGGAGCUGGAAGGGUGACAGAAAUCUGAACUUUGAGACGUUUUUGAUAGUUUGAGAGAAUUCGUUCUGUUUGAACCACGAUCAGCCAAAUAAAACACUUUUGAAGAAUUC